AUGAUGAACCUGUCGGCGAGAAUCUUGCUGAAGAAGGAGCAGAGCUUUCUCCUGAUGGCCUGCCUGGACGGCCACAAGGAGAUAGACAGUCUUCAAGCCAAUGCGAUCUGGACUUUGGUGGACCUCCCAGAGGGUCAGAAAGCCAUCGGAUCGAAAUGGGUGUUUGCAGUGAAGCGUAAAAAGACGGGCCAGGUAGAGCGACUGAAAUUUCGACUAGUUGCUAAAGGAUGCGCUCAGCGAUAUGGCGUUAAUUUUACGGAGACGUUCUCUCUUAUGUCGCGAUAUUCGUCUAACAAACGUGUCAUCGCUCUGGCAGUGGAAAAUGUUUUUUUCAUGCACCAAAUGGACGUGUCGUCUGCCUACUUGAUCUACAUGGUACUGUUUACAUGCGUCGACCAGAAGGAUUUAUCGAUGAGCAAUAUCCGAAUCGAGUGCUGA